AUGCACCAGCAUCAGGGGCUCCACGCGCGCCGCGGCGGCUGCCCGAGCGGGCGCGCCGCCCGGCCCGCUCGCGGCGCGCCUCGCACCCGCCUGCCGCCGCGGCCGGCCACAAAGGACGCCCCCGCCCCGGCCACCGAGGCGGCCCCCGCCAAGCAGCAGCCACAACAGCCCCCCGUCUACAUCCAGGACGCCGUCACGACUGCCUUCCUGGAUUGGGCCAAAGCAGCGGGCGUCGCAUUUGACCGCCUGCGGCCUGCCGCGUACGGCGGCCUGCGCGGCCUUGCGGCGGCGGCGCCCAUAAAAACCGACGACCUCAUACUAUCCGUCCCCCGCGCCGCAGCGCUCACGCUGCCGCCGCGCCAGCGCUGCCCCUGCCCCGAGUAUGUGACAGCGGAAUUCUGGGACGCGGCGCCCUGGUUUGCUCGGCUGGGGGUCCGCCUGCUGGCUGAGCGAGCAAAGGGCGGCGCCUCGCGGCUGCAGCGGUACCUCCAGCAGCUUCCCAAGGACCUCGACACCCCGGUGACGUGGAGUGACGAGCGGCUGCAGCAGCUGCAGUACCCCUACCUGAUUCAGAAGGUCGCGCAGCAGCAGCAGGAGUGGGCCGCGCUCCACGCCAGCGCCGCCGCCUCGGCCGCGCCCGGCGCGGCGCCGCCGUCGCGCGCCGACUUCUUCUGGGCGCUCGCGGCCGUGCGCAGCCGCACGUUCAGCGGGCCCUAUGUUGCGAGCACGCUGCAGGACCGCCUGCGGCUGGCAGGGCUGGUGGCCUUUCUUGGGGUUGGCAACGUGCUGCUGCAGGGGCCGGACGGCAUUGAAAAGUCUGCGGGCGCGGCCGUGGCCGUGUUUGUGUUCAACAUCUUGUACGAGGUCAUCCUGAGCCAGAAGCUGCGGCAGUACGCGAUGUGCCCCGUCAUCGACCUGGCGAACCACUCCAGCAGCGGGACGGUGGGCGGGGGCGCGGCAGAGCGGGGCGGUGCGGGGGCUUGGUGCGGCGGAGGCCGCUAG